GGCAGUUUGGUCAUUUUAAACAUAGGUAAAAAACCAUUGGCAAAAGCGCGGGAAAAUUCUCUUACUCUUUUCUCAGUUCUGAGUCCCCCGCGACACCACACAACACAAGCUCAGAUUCUCUCUCUCUUUCUCUCUUCAGAUUCUUCUGAUCGAAGAAGCCAUGAACGGCGGCGGUGGUGGUCGGAAAUGGGACCGCAAUGACUUUCGCAACUCAAAGAAGCAGAAGUUCAUUCGUUCCGCCGAGGAAGAGCUCGAGGCUAAAUUAGGGUUCGAUAUCUUCUCUGAAGGUGACAAGAGGCUCGGAUGGUUGCUUACAUUUGCCUCAUCAUCUUCGGAAGAUCAAGAUACCCGCAAAGUAUAUAGUUGUGUUGAUUUGUAUUUUGUAUCACAGGAUGGUUCUACUUUCAAAUCUAAAUACAAGUUCCGUCCUUAUUUCUAUGCCGGCACUAAGGAAAAAAUGGAAAUGGACGUUGAAGCAUAUUUGAGACGGCGCUAUGAAAGUCAAAUUGCUGAUAUUGAAAUCGUGGAUAAGGAAGAUCUUGAUCUUAAAAAUCAUUUGUCUGGUUUAUGCAAGUCCUAUCUAAAACUAUCAUUCGACACUGUUCAGCAACUAAUGAGUGUUAAGAGAGAUCUAUUGCACGUUGUUGAAAGAAACCAGGCAAAAUCUGAUGCUACAGAAGCUUAUGAGUUAAUAUUGACAGGGAAAAGAGAAAAAAGGUCUCAAGAUUUUUUGGAUUACAUUGUUGACCUCCGAGAGUACGAUGUUCCUUACCAUGUUCGGUUUGCCAUUGACAAUGAUGUACGCUGUGGACAGUGGUACGAUGUUAGUAUAUCUAGUAAUGAUGUUAUGGUGGAGAGGAGAACAGAUCUUCUACAGCGUGCUGAAGUUCGUGUUUGUGCAUUCGAUAUUGAAACCACCAAGCUUCCCCUCAAAUUUCCAGAUGCUGAGUAUGAUUUAGUAAUGAUGAUUUCGUACAUGGUUGACGGACAAGGGUAUCUGAUAAUAAACAGAGAGUGUGUUGGUGAUGAUAUAGAGGAUUUGGAAUACACUCCAAAACCAGAAUUUGAAGGGCAUUUCAAGGUUACAAAUGUAAAAAACGAGCUAGAGCUUCUUAAAUUGUGGUUCUCCCAUAUGCGGGAGGUGAAGCCUGGUAUAUAUGUCACGUACAAUGGUGAUUUUUUUGAUUGGCCUUUCCUGGAAAGAAGAGCAGCCCAUCAUGGAUUUAAACUUAGUGAUGAGGUUGGAUUUCAAUGUGACAAGAUUCAAGGAGAAUGUCGUGCUAAAUUUGCUUGCCAUCUUGAUUGCUUUGCUUGGGUCAAGCGUGAUAGUUAUCUCCCUCAGGGAAGCCAGGGCCUUAAGGCUGUAACAAAGGCAAAGUUGGGAUAUGAUCCCCUGGAAGUGAAUCCUGAGGAUAUGGUUCGUUAUGCAAUGGAAAAGCCACAGAUGAUGGCCUCAUAUUCUGUUUCCGAUGCUGUUUCAACUUAUUACUUGUAUAUGACCUAUGUUCAUCCAUUCAUUUUCUCUCUUGCGACAAUUAUUCCGAUGUCACCAGAUGAGGUCUUGCGCAAGGGUAGUGGGACCCUCUGUGAAAUGCUUCUAAUGGUCCAGGCAUACAAGGCAAAUGUUAUUUGCCCCAACAAGCACCAAGCUGAAUCAGAGAAGUUUCAUAAUAACCGUCUUCUUGAAAGUGAGACAUAUAUAGGUGGUCACGUGGAAUGCCUUGAAAGUGGAGUUUUUAGAUCCGAUCUUUUAACUAGUUUUAAGCUCGAUCCAUCUGGAUAUCAGCAACUGAUUGACAACCUUGAUCGUGAUCUGCAAUAUGCCAUUAGAGUUGAGGGUAAGAUGGACUUGGAUUCCGUUUCUAAUUAUGCUGAAGUGAGGAGUUCUAUCUUAGAAAAGCUUGAAAGUUUACGAGAUGACCCCAUACGAGAUGAAUGCCCCCUUAUUUAUCAUCUAGAUGUAGCUGCAAUGUACCCAAAUAUUAUUUUGACAAACAGGCUUCAGCCAUCAUCAAUAGUUACAGACGAGAUUUGCACUGCUUGUGAUUUCAAUCGCCCAGGAAAGACUUGUCUUCGGAAACUUGAAUGGGUUUGGCGUGGAGAAGUCUUCAUGGCAAAGAAAAGUGACUACUACCAUAUGAAGAAGCAAAUUGAGUCAGAGUUUGUUGAUGGAUCUGAUAGCCAGUUAGCAAAAUCUUUUCUUGACCUACCUAAGACAGAACAACAAUUGAGACUGAAAGAUCGUCUAAAGAAAUAUUGUCAGAAGGCAUAUAAACGGGUACUGGAUAAGACAGUUACUGAAGUUCGGGAAGCGGGGAUAUGCAUGAGGGAGAAUGCAUUCUACGUUGACACUGUUCGCAGCUUUCGAGAUAGAAGAUACGAGUACAAAGGACUUAAUAAGGCCUGGAAAGGAAAAUUGUCUGAAGCCAAAGCUACUGGAAAUUCUAUUAAAAUCCAAGAGGCACAGGAUAUGGUAGUCCUUUAUGAUUCGUUACAACUUGCUCAUAAGUGCAUUCUUAAUUCCUUUUAUGGAUAUGUCAUGCGCAAGGGUGCACGAUGGUACUCUAUGGAAAUGGCUGGAGUGGUUACAUAUACUGGGGCUAAAAUUAUUCAGAAUGCUCGCAUACUGGUUGAAAAGAUUGGAAAGCCACUUGAGUUAGAUACAGAUGGUAUCUGGUGUGCACUUCCUGGAUCUUUUCCAGAGAACUUUACUUUCAAAACAAAGGACUUGAAGAAGAAGCUGACUAUCUCGUAUCCAUGUGUUAUGUUGAAUGUUGAUGUGGCAGAAAACAAUACAAAUGAUCAGUACCAGACCUUGACAGAUCCCUUGGCCAAAUCUUAUACAACUCAUAGUGAAUGCUCAAUUGAAUUUGAAGUGGAUGGGCCAUACAAGGCAAUGAUUAUUCCAGCUUCAAAAGAAGAGGGAAUUUUGAUUAAGAAGCGAUAUGCAGUUUUCAAUGAUGAUGGGACCCUUGCUGAACUUAAAGGUUUUGAAAUUAAGCGUAGAGGAGAGCUGAAGCUCAUCAAAGUUUUCCAGGCUGAGCUUUUUGACAAGUUUCUCCAUGGUUCAACGUUAGUGGAAUGCUAUUCAGCUGUUGCUUCUGUGGCCAACCGUUGGCUUGAUCUACUCGAUAAUCAAGGAAAGGAUAUUGCAGACAGCGAGUUGCUCGAUUAUAUAUCUGAAUCAAGUACCAUGAGCAAGUCUCUAGCAGACUAUGGUGGGCAGAAGUCAUGUGCAGUGACCACUGCAAAACGUCUUGCUGAUUUUCUUGGUGAUACAAUGGUCAAAGAUAAAGGGCUUCGUUGUCAGUAUAUUGUUGCAUGUGAACCUAAGGGAACACCCGUGAGCGAACGUGCUGUUCCUGUUGCAAUUUUUGAAACAGAUGCCGAAAUAAUGAAAUUUUAUGUGCGGAAGUGGUGCAAGAUAUCGGAUGUUGACAUUCGAUCCAUCAUUGACUGGUCAUACUACAAGCAGCGGCUUAGUUCAUCGAUUCAGAAAAUUGUCACUAUUCCAGCUGCAAUGCAAAAGGUUGCAAAUCCUGUCCCUAGAGUGAUUCAUCCUGAUUGGUUGCAUAAGAAGGUUCGCGAGAAGGAUGAUAAAUUUCGACAGCAAAAGCUAGCUGAUGUCUUUAGUUCAUUUAAUAAGGGUGAACUGUUAAAAAGGAAGGAUGAGGCUGUAGGAGUUAGUAGUGUAAUUGAGGAAGAGGUUGUUGGAGAUCUUGAAGACUUCCAAAUAAAUAAGAGUUCUGUAAAGGGACCCAGACCAGUAGUUCGAAGUUAUGAAGUUAAUAAUAAGAGCAAUUCAGAUGAGAAUGUAGCACAAGAAUGUCCGCAUCAAGCUGAUGAUAAUGAAAAAGAGCAGCAAAUACAAGAUUCCUCCACUUCUGAGAUUAUUGACAAAAAUGUCGACUACCAAGGAUGGCUUGAAAUGAAGAAGAGAAAAUGGAAAGAUACUCUCAACAAGAGGAAGAAGCAAAGACUAGGCAAUGCAACACGGCACAAUGCUAGUGGUCUUUCUGAGCUGCUCAGUCAACCGUCAAAUAAAGAAGCUCAGGAGGGAACAGGAGUUAGUUCAUACUUUAAGAGACAUGAAGUAGCUAUAAAGCGAUGCCACUGGCAGAUAGUACAAGUAGUUCCAGCUUCUCAGCUUGGCCAGUAUUUUGCUUGGGUUGUGGUAGAAGGAGUGAUGCUUAAGAUUCCUAUAACUGUUCCUAGAGUGUUUUACAUCAAUUCCAAGGCCCCUUUAGAAGACAAAUUUCCAGGAAGGCGUGCCAACAAAAUUCUUCCACAUGGAAAGCAUAAUUAUAACCUAUAUGAGGUUGUAAUUGAUGAAGCUCAGUUCAAAGCAGAAAGAAAAAACCUUACUGCACUUCUUGCAGAUCCAGAAGUUGAGGGAAUAUAUGAAACAAAGGUACCAUUGGACUUGAAUGCGAUUGUUCAGAUUGGAUGUGUCUGUAAGGUGGAUAAAGCUGCUAAGAAGCGAAAUAUCCAAGACUCCUGGAAUAUUAGCGAACUACAUACGAAGACUACAACAGAAUGUUCUUAUUUGGAGCAAUCUAUAUCUUUCUUCUACUUGUAUCAUAGUAUUUCUGAAGGGCGUGCUAUAUUUGUUGUUUAUUUUCCUUCUUCAAAAACAAUGUCCAUUGUCGUCGUGAAUCCUUAUCAAAACAAGGAUCUGUCACCAUCCUUUCUUGAGAAGCAAUUCCGUGAUGCUUGCCAGGCGUUAUCUGUUCAACCACCUCCUCCUAGUAAUGAAUUCAUAUUCAAGGUGGAGUAUGUUGGAUCUGUAAAGGAUGCUGAUAAGAUUCUGCAAAGAACAAUAAAUCAGCACAGACAUGAACAUCAUGGACCAAUAAUUGCUGUUAUUGAAUGCCCAAAUGCUCAAUCAAUGAAGUCAAGUGUACGAGCUUUAGAUGAUUUCCCAUGUGUGAGCAUUCCCUCCAAUGCUCGUGAUAGUAACUAUCAGGUUCUUGGGUGGCAACAAGUUGCUGCAAAAAUUGGAAUGCAACGGUGUGCUGCGUCAUCUCAAUGGUUGAAUGAAAGAAUUUCUCUCUCUAGAUAUGCCCAUGUGCCGCUAGGGAAUUUUGAACUUGAUUGGCUCAUACAUACUGCAGAUGUCAUCUUUUCAAGAGCACUCCGUGAUCAGCAACAGGUACUUUGGAUAUCUGAUGAUGGGAUUCCGGAUCUAGGAGGCGUUAGUGAAGAAGAUACUUGUUUUGCUGAUGAGGUCCAUCAACCUGUUCUUACAUACCCUGGAGCAUAUAGAAAAGUCACCUUGGAGUUAAAGAUUCAUCAUCUAGCUGUAGAUGCUCUUCUCAAAAGCAACCAAAUAAAUGAAAUGGAAGGAGGUUCUUUAUUGGGGUUCGAAUCAGAUAUGAAUUCCGGAGCACAUAAUUCAAAUGAUCACAGUGGCUUUGAUGAGGGUACCUCAUGUGCUCCUGCAUUUCGUGUUUUAAAACAGUUGAUUCAAAGGUGCCUUACGGAUGCAGUUACAUCGGGAAACGUGUUUGCAGAUGCAAUAUUACAGCAUCUAUACCGGUGGCUAUGCAGUCCUCAUUCCAAACUUCAUGAUCCGGCUCUUCACCGUCUACUUCAUAAGGUCAUGAAAAAGGUAUUUGCUCUAUUAUUGGCCGAGUUUCGGAAAUUGGGUGCUAGUAUCGUAUUUGCAAAUUUUUCCAAGAUUAUCAUAGACACCGGCAAACCUGAUAUCUCUGCUGCCAAAGCUUACUGUGAUAGCUUACUUAAGACCCUGCAAACUAGAGACCUAUUUGAGUGGAUUGAACUUGAACCAUUGCAGUUCUGGCAUUCCUUGCUUUUUAUGGAUCAGCAUAAUUAUGGUGGAAUCCCUGCAAAAGCUGAUGAAAACAUGCAUGAAGAGUCUGAAGUUGAUAUUGUGUCAAGCUGGAAUAUUGCUGAAAAUUUACCAAAGAAAAUUCAGGAUUAUUUUAUUUUCAUUGUUUCUCAAUACCUUUAUAUCCCUUGGACUUAUGCAAAAAAACAAGCUGCAAUUAGAGCAUCUGCACAAGAUGGCAGCUCAAGCACACCAUCAAUUACUAUUGCAGCAGCUGAGAAUUUCGAGUCUCAUCUAACGGAAUAUCUUAAAGGCCAGAUCAGCACUUACUUCACUGAAAAACUUUUGGGAAUCGUGCGAGAUACCGUUCUUCAUAUGAAAGAACUAAGUAAAUCAGAAAAAGAAGCAUCUGUAUCUGCAGGGAUGCCACAACUCUCUAGUAAUGCCCACAGAGGGGAUGCAGCACUGGAAUUUAUUAAGCAUGUUUGUGCAGUACUGGCUCUUGAUCAGAGUGUUCAGCACAAUGUUCUGAUAAUGAGAAAGAAUCUGCUAAAAUAUGUGCGAGUUAGGGAGUUCGCUCCCGAAGCUGAAUUUUGUGAUGUCUUUUCGUCCUUCAUCUUGCCAAAUGUCAUUUGCAGCUACUGCAAUGACUGUAGAGACCUGGAUUUGUGUCGAGACACGGCCCUCCUGGCUCAGGAGUGGCGAUGUGCUGUGCCACAAUGCGGGCAGCCCUACAACCGUGAGGUAAUGGAAAAUUCCCUGCUUCAGAUCGUACGACAGAGAGAACGCCUCUACCACGUGCAGGAUCUCGUGUGCCAAAGGUGUAGACAGGUGAAGGCAGCACAUUUAGCAGAGCAAUGUGGGUGUGCCGGGUCAUACAGAUGCAAGGAAGAUGUAACCGAGUUCAACAGAAAAAUGCAAAUAUUCUUAAACAUUGCCAUUCGCCAGAAAUUUCAACUUCUCCAAGAAUGCACAUCAUGGAUAUUGGGAAUCCAUGAUGUACAAGAUUAGUCACGUUUCAUUCAGAGCUCUGCUCGACUAGUCAUUGCAAGAGGUAGUUUCUGCCGGCCUUCCCGACUCGCACCAAAGCAAUAUAACAGGUGUUGUCGGUAUUGGCAGUGGCUGGCAGACAUGGCUAACAAACAAGUAAGAAGAAGGUCAAGUGGGUCUUGACCAAAUCUUCAGAUGCAUUAUUGGCUUCGUUUGGGUUGUUGAUUAAGAAUUAAUGGUCCACAACCUAAUCAGGAAGAGCAACUUCAUAAUCUUAUGUGUGUGUAUAUAUAUACAUAUACGUGUAUGGCCAUGUCAUGUUCUUCAUACCAACCAAGAAGAGUAUUCUUCUUGUUCAUAUUCUUUCAUGUUUCUCUUUCCUUUGUAUAUAUAGGUUGUAGUAUUGUUGUAUUAUAUGCCAAAGCUGUACAAGUUCAACAUCAUUAUCCUAUUAAAUCAAGUUUAUAUACA